AUGUCUCCUUGUGGACAGUAUCAGAGUGUUUUAGUAUUUCUGAUAUUUUUCCUAAACGUCGCUACUUCAGUGAUACAAACCGAAACUUUCGUUAAGAUUGCAUCAGGGAAUCGCCUGGAUGGUCAUGUACUCAGUCAACACAGAACAGAAAGCGUCAUGGAAUGUGCACAGUUGUGUUUGAGAAAAAGGUUUUCAUGUAAAUCCAUCAAUUAUAAAUCGCUGAAUAGAAAAAAUCAGAAUUCUUCAAAAAACUGCGAACUAAAUGACGCAACGAAAACUGGCCAGCUUCAGAAUUUGAAGGUGGACAUGGAGUACAACUAUUAUGAAUCAUUUGCCAAGCCCAAGGAUAAAGAUAAACAGACAAAUCAGAAAAAUGGUGCCGUAAACUAUGCUAAAAGUUGUGAUUCCGUAUACCACUCGGGAAAAAGAACCACAGGGGUUUAUACAAUCGACCCAGAUGGCCUUGGACCUUUUCAAGUAAGAUGCGAUAUGACUUCAACUCCAGGGAGGGGGUGGACGAUAUUCCAGAGACGUGUUGAUGGCUCAGAAAACUUCUUCAGAGAGUGGAAGGACUACAAAAAUGGAUUUGGAAACUUGAGUGGCGAAUUCUGGUUGGGUUUAGAAAAGAUUCACCGUUUGACAGAAAGUGGACAGAACGUGUUACGAGUUGAUCUUGAAAGUUUUGAAGGACAGAAAAGAUUUGCCAGAUUCGGUACAUUUACUGUGGGAAAUGAAAAUGAAGAUUAUAUUUUAAAGAUUUCUCAAUACACUGGGGACGCUGGAGAUUCAUUAAGCCUUCAUAAUGGGAUGAAAUUUUCUACUAAGGACGUCGAUAAUGAUCUAAGAGGUGAUGGUGAAUGUGCUAAUAUCUUUAAAGGAGCAUGGUGGUAUCAACAUUGCCAUGCCUCAAACUUAAAUGGUCAAUAUCUUGCUGGCGCUCACACUUCCUAUGCUGAUGGAGUUAAUUGGCAUGCCUUUAAGGGACACCAUUAUUCUUUGAAAACGACGGAAAUGAAAGUACAAUCAACAUGA